GGGAAGCAGCGGCAGGAGCCGGUGUCUGAGUGUGGGAAGGCCGGCCGGCAGGCAAAGGGUUGCGAUGCUGCUGAUGCUGCUCCUCUCCUCGCGUCGGGACCAGUAGGCGGCGGCGGCAGCGACAGCACCAGCAGCAGCGCGUCGUCUGUCGGCCGCUCAGUCAGUCGUGAGGGCGUCAUGGAGAACCAGCUGGCGCGCUGCAAGAUCGUGGUGGUGGGCGACAGCCAGUGCGGCAAGACGGCGCUGCUGCACGUCUUCGCCAAGGACGCUUACCCCGAGAGCUAUGUUCCCACUGUGUUCGAGAACUACACUGCCAGUUUUGAGAUUGACAAGCAGCGCAUUGAACUUAACAUGUGGGACACAUCAGGCUCAACAUACUAUGACAACGUACGUCCCCUAGCCUAUCCUGAUUCGGAUGCGGUUCUCAUCUGUUUUGACAUUAGCCGUCCUGAAACCUUGGACAGUGUCCUUAAAAAGUGGCAGGGAGAGACACAGGAGUUCUGCCCCGGUGCCAAGGUGGUUCUAGUGGGCUGUAAACUGGACAUGCGCACUGACCUGAACACUUUACGGGAACUGUCCAAACAGCGCCUUAUCCCCGUCACACAUGAGCAGGGCAGCAUGCUGGCCAGGCAAUUGGGUGCCGUGGCAUAUGUGGAGUGUUCUUCCAAGGUGUCGGAGAACAGUGUGCGGGAUGUUUUCCAUGUGACCACAUUGGCGUCUGUCAACCGUGUUCACAAACACCUCAAGCGCAGCAACUCAAAGCGAGGGCUGAAACGGGUUGCACAGGUGCCUGGGCGGACGGACUUGUUGACCGACUCUGAGAUCCGCAAAGACCGGGCCAAGAGCUGCUCCGUGAUGUGAGAGGAGGAGGAGACCCCAGAGGGGCUGAAGUCUAGCACUACCUGUCUUGUUCAUAUCUCUUUGUACAGUAAUUGGUCAUGGGGAGGUCUCUGCACUGAGGGCCACAUUCCCCAGGAUGUAGGCCAGAGGAAAACAAAGCCUUCUCUGGAAAUUAGUGGGGGGGGCAGUGAUGGAUCUGCCUGAAGUCGCAAAUGCUAUGCACAUAGUGAAAAUGUCUGGAUGGGCUAGGGUUGCACAGGACACAGAAAUGCUCAGGUAGCAGAUGACCUUCGAAGAAAGGAGCACAUCCCUGUGUGUGGCACAGAUGGAAAAAAAUCUUCUAAUUCUCUUAAGAGUAAUUAUUUUGGAGCUAGCAUCAAAUAUGUAGGCGCCCAGGCGACUGGCGUUUGUACAGCCAUGACGCGUGGCAGUCAAGCCAUGCCUGUAGCAUGUGUAUACACGUGUGUGUGUGUGUUUGUGAAUUGUACACACAGGUUAAGUGUGGGGCUGGUGCUUAUGCAUGGGUCUGGUCAUGGAAUAAAGAGCUGUGGAAGGGUUAGAAGAAAAGGGUGAUCAUUUGAGAAGACCAAAUGGGGGUCAGUCGGGGGGGGGGGACGAUGAUGGAAGUGGACAGCUAGGAAGAAGUGCUUUGUACAGUUAUGGUAAGCAAAAAUGCACUUAAGACCCUGAAGUGACUGGACAGGACGUUUUUGCUACAUUGUAGACACUAUCAACACAUCCAGGUAGAUAGGUGCCAUGAGAGCUGGAGGACUCAGAAGCUGGGUCAUCUGGAGCCAUUAUUCCUUCCCACCUCACAGCAGUCCUCCCAGUCCCACACUCUAGUGCCUUACACUGCAUUGCACCUCCCUCUCCUUUGCUUCCUGUGAAGCAAAGGAGGGGUACAAAUAACCUGUAAGAGCCAUUGCAACAUCAUGGGAAGAGGCCAGUUUUCCCUGUUCCCCAUUGCUGUGCCUUCAUUCCUCUCAUUGCCUUAAAUGCUUUUUACAACUGCAGCGGGGAUGAUGCCAAAGUACGGGCCGGUGUUUGGUUUUUGUUCCCUGGAAAGAGAGAGAGAAAAGGUUAACUCCAGUGCUGCGCUACCUCUAGUGUCACAGGUAGUAAAUUAGCCAUGACAUUGCAAACUAAGAAGGUUUUGGCAAUUUAUUGCUGUUUUGUCUUUCAGUUCCACAGUGCUGCUUUGGGCUGUGUGUAGUUAUUUGGAUUUGUACCAAAGAGAAAUAUUUUGAGAGGUAGAGAGGGGAUCAUGUUUUGCAUCUGAAGUCUCCACUAAUAAUCUGGGCAUGCAUCUCUGGGACAUCAGGAACUGGAGCACAGUGAUUUGAAGGUAUGGAAAUGCAGCAAUGCAAAUUUCUGUUGAGAUGAUUUGGAGAAAUGGGUUUAAUAGACAGUUGCGCAGUAUGCAUGUGUGCCAGAGGCCAGGGAGUGAUGUUGCAUUAGCAUUCAUGAAGGACCCUGGCAAACAGUGAGGUCAAGCUGCUGACAAAUCUGCAAUGGGUGGAGGAAGAGGGGAAAGAGAAAUCUGUUGGCUAUUGGCACAGUACCAGAGAAGUGGCACAUGGAGCCUGUUUGCAGCUGGAAAAAAUUAUUCCAGGGGACUCAUUCAACGCUACAUAAUGCAUCUGGGAAGGCAGCAUUGGGGAUAGGCUACCUUUUAGGCUUUUGAUGGGUAUAAUUCUUCCUAGAACAGAACAAAGUUUAACUUUCACCACUACUGUUAACUUUCUUUGGUGCUAUCUAAGGACUUUUCUGUGGAGCAAACGUAUGUAAAAUUCUAAGAGGAGGUAGUUCUGGGGCCCAAGCCUGCCUGGAAAGUGUGGUUUCUGGCCUGGAAUCCUCCAUCUCUGAGUCUUCUUUGGCUCUGUGGUAGCGUGGGAAAUGAACUCUGCCUAAGCUCACAACUUCUUUGGCUGUUCCAGGACUGAGGGUUACAUUAAAAAGAAAUUCUGGAGCAGUAAGGUGUUACCAACUUGGAGGAGCAAGGAAGUUUUGGUGACAGUGGCCCUCAACUAAUAGAGAAUAUGCUUUGUAUGCUGAUCUACAGCAACAGCACCCAGUAAAAUCAGGGUGACUAACCUAUAGCUCUCCAUAUGUUGUUGAACAUCAACUCCCAUCAGCUCUAGCCAGCACUGCCAAUGAUCAGGGAUGAUGAGAGUUGUAGUCAGACAACGUCUGGAGGGCCAUUGACUAGGCACCCCUAUUGUAGAUAUUUAUUUGAGCCAGGACUUGGGUGCAGCCCAGAAUGUUGAUGAAUAAGAAAGUCAGUAUUCUGCCUCACCUCUGAGCAACCAAAGUUUGCCCACACACACCAUGAUUGUAGGACUUAGAGACUGGGGCUCCUGGCUUCACUCCUUAGAAAUCAAGCAUUGUAGAUGACCUCUUUCUUUCAGGCUGGCAAGCUUAGUGCCCCAGUUCCUCUGGUACUAGGGGAGCUAUUCACAUGCAGGAUCAGCAGAGGCUGCCUGUUUGUCCUGUCUGCAAAAAAAAAAAAGGGCACAGUUGUUCAUGGGCUGGGUUUGAGCACAGCAGCUCCAUUGUCCUUGCUGGUAACCCAGAGCUGAGCAGCCGCUUGAGUUCCAGCAUCCCCCUUUCAGCUUCAGCUUGAGCUGGGAUUUUGAUGCAGGUUGUCUCAGGCCAUGGUUGACCAUGAUCUAGCUUGGCAAUGUUCAAGUCCCAUACCUAGGCCUCCAUUUCUAAAAAUUGUGUGUGCGAGAGAGGGGAAGGGAACAUAUCUGAAAGCCAUGCUUUCUGCUAUGGAACCCUUUAUUCUCCACCCUUCUGAAAGAACAAAGAAGUUACUGAGGGAAGGAAACGUCAAGGAUCACCUACAGAUUUUUGAGCUUGAUUGUAAAAAAAAUUAAAAUCUUAGAGUGAGAUAUUUAAUUCUCCUUCCUCCCCCCCUCCCCAUCCCCAAAUGCAAAACGUUAAUGCUAACUUGGCUGUGUGUUGGCAGUUACAAAGUUUUGUUUUGUUUGAGGGAGAAAAGCAGGUCAAUCACUUGGCAUGACUUUCCUGCUAAGCCAAAUAAUUCCUUUUGAGCUUAGGUAUUUUAUCAUCAGCCUUGUAUUAUUAUUAUUAUUAGGCUUAAUACAUAAAUUGCCUACCCUGGUGAGAUGAAAAACCUUAUUAAGAGAACAAUUCUUCCUCACAGAGUUGUUUUUCCUCUUCUCUCUCCUCAAUAGCUCCUUACUCUGUUCUGUAUUCACUCUGCAAUGUGAAGUUGGAUGAUGUUGAUACUGAAGGAGCUGUAAGUUUGCCACAACUGUUUUUGUUUUUGGUCACCAGAUUACUGGAUGCAUUCCUUUGUCCGAUCUGUUCAGCUGUGUUUUGUAAUGCCAGGCUCCAGUACUGGCAAAUGUAUCUGUGAUCAUGUGCCAAGAGUUCUGAAGUCAGAAGGUGCCUCUCCUGGAGAAAAUAAUAAUUCCUGCCUCUUUUCUCUUGCCCUGGGCUGAUAGGGUCGUUCCUUCCCCCUCCCCUCAAAAUUAUGAAUGAACUAUUAAGUGAUGGGCACCUUGCGAGUUACAGUAACACAUUGCUGCAGUGAUUUUUCCCUGUCAGGAAGGGAGCCUUCAUAAUUUAUUAAUCCUAUUUUUAGCAUAAUAGUUCUGACCAUAAAUGAACCUCACUAAAGCAAAUUUUGAGGUCUUUAUUAAUCAUUAAAAAGCAUCCUCUCAAUGUGCUGCUUUAAUAAAAGCUUCAUAAACUCCAAAAAUUAAUUAGCAGUGGGGCCCUGGGCACGGGAUACAAAUAAAGUUUCCUUUUUGCCAAACAAUGUCAUUCAAGUUUAUGAAGGCUAGAAGGACAGGAAAGGCAUUUAUAGCUGGCAAAACUAGAUUCAUCUAUCUUUAAUGGUUACCUGAAGGUGAUGGGACACAGCAAUUUACCUCAGGAAUUAUCCUGAACUGCUUGUGAAUAUCCCUUUGGUCUAGGGCCCUCUUGCUCAAAAGUUCUACCCUGGGCUCUGCUUCUAUGCUUACCACAUUUCUACUGGGUUUGAAAAUCUAGCAAGAGUCAUUGGAAGAUUCUGGGUGGGAAGAGCUUGUUUUCACCUUUGAAGUAAAUGCAUUUUAAUUCCUGAAGAUGAAGUGAUGGACUUGAAGCCUGCCUGCCAUGAAGCUAUGUCUGUCGCCUUGGUGGCAGCCCUGAAGGGAUCUUCAUCCUCAGAUAUGUGAGGGUUGGGAGUUGCAAUUACUGAUGGGGUAGGGAAGGAACUCUGCGCAGGUUCAGUGGUAUUCUGUUCAAGCAACAUCGCAAGGUCAAGGCAGGAGCCCUGCCUCAAAUAAAGUGCCAGAGCUGAAGAGUGAAUAGAUCUUGUUUAUGAGCCUUUGCUUUCUCAAGGUUUGUUGCUACUUGAAUGAUACAUAAUGCCCUGAUCAUAGGUUUAUCUGCCUGUUGUUGCUAGGCAUUGCCCCAGGGUGUAAAAGAAGUUGGCUGUGGAUCAGAUGGCACACUUCAGUCCUGUUCUAUAAUCCGUAAGUGCUUUGGGAUGGGCUCAGGUUUAUAGAAUUGAAGCUGGAAAGGAGACUACUGUCCACGUAGGCUAGUCCAUGGAAGCCGGGCAGAGUACUACAAGUGGAGAGUAGGGAUCACUUUAAAAAAUGCUGGUAGCUCAAGAGCUUUUGUUAAUCAUAUGGCUUAUCUGCUUAUCUAGACAAAAACAAGUUGUUGACAUAAUUCCCAGGUGGAAUUUCUACCUUUGCAGCUGCAGUGAAAUCUGAGCAGGAUUUUUGCAGAAUGGGCCAAAGCAUAUAAAGGAUGGGUACAUUCCUUGCUUGCAUAUUGGUGCAGAUAGGGCCACACCAACCAAAAGUUGCUUCUCCCUUUGCAAUAGUUUCUUACAUAGAUGUUUUACGUCAACAUAGUCAUCACAACACCACAAGCUCACCAAACACAGUAACUUGUAGUUUACAGCUAUGGCUGCCGUCUUCUUCUAAGAACCAAAGAAACCAAAAUGAAAAACCUGCCCCCCAAGGUCGGAUAGCUUAGUUCAAAUCAGUCUGGGAAAUUCAGCAUGCCAUUAGCAAAGGGAAGUUUUGGCAAUAUUCUGUUCUCUUAGCCAGACCAGACACAGCAAAAGCAAUACCUCUCCCCCAGCCACCAAUUUCUAAUGAACAUGACUUAAGGUGGAACAGAUGCCAUACUUUUUUUUAAAAAAAGUUCUGAACAAAUUGAGCUAACCAGAAGCUGGACAGCAAUCCCUAUCUACCCCACAUGUAAAGAAGGGCAGAAGACAGAAGAAAUUGAUCAUGGUUUGCUGGAGUGCUGAGAAAAAUCCUCCCCCACCCUGGGAGUUACAGCGAAUGGGAAUUCAUGGCAAGACACGUCCUUUUCUCCUGUGGCUCCUGCAGAGCAUUCCAGAACCUUGAUGUAGAAGAGACGUACCAUUCCCAACCAGGCCUCUUAAACAGACCACAAUUCAUUGAUAUGAUGAUCUCUUUGCAGACCCUUCAAAGCCUGUGUCUGUAGACAAGACUUCAGUGUUAUACUGUAAUUAUUUGUAAUAAUACAAAUGAUAAUUAUUUGUAUUCUUUGCAGAGGGUACCUAAGAUGGUGUCCUCCAGAUGCUUCUGGACUCCACCUCCCAUCAUCCCUCACCAUUGGCCAUGCUGGAUGUGACUGACGGAAGUUGGCAACAUAUGGAGGGCAUCACUUUAGCUACUUUCUGUUUAUCAUAUUUAUGUAGAGAGGCUUAUGGGGCUGCUCCACUAAUUUUGUCUACUACAGGCAGCCGUAUCCCAGGGACAGGAUGCAGCGAUGUCCAAAGAGAAGCAUCAUUCUUAAGGGCCUGGUGUGCCAGAACUAUGCAUUGUCACAGCCAGUGUGAAAUAGUGAAUGCAGAAACUUCUUUCCCCUACCACUACGGCAAUGAUAUGGCAUGAAAGAAAACAAAUAGGAUUUGGGUGUUCCUGGCUAAAGUGUUCUGUCUAAAUAAAAACAGAAAGUCCUGCAUGCAUGUCAGGCUUGUGCUACUCUCUGGCAGAUGCACUGGGCUCAAGUGGAACAAUGGAGGAGUGAUCUCCUAUGCCCCUUGAAAGACUUGAGUUCAUUUUAGGGAUAGAGGUUGGGUUGGCCCAAAGGUACCACAUGGUGACAAAAACAUCACUGUGUGAAUUAGGUGGUAGCACCUUUAGCCUGGAGCCGCCUGGUCAAUAUAACGGCAACCAAAAAUAUCAUUUUAAGAAUAAAAAGUUUAAGGGAACAUUUGGUCAACAGCUCAAAUGGGGCACCUUCUUUAAGUCUCUUGUGGGAAGCCUUAGGGGAGUAGCUUAAAGAGAGCUGUCCCCUUCUUAAGGAGCCCAUGCAUUUUCCUGCUUCAUGAACUUCAACACUUACAAAAUAUGGUAUUAGGAUAAAAGGACUUCUAGGUCAAGGGCCAGGCAAUCUCUUUUUAAGAAAGGGGAGUCAUAUAAAC